AUGUGCCCCUGUGCUGCCCGCAUUCCUUACAUACUGCGUCAAGCCCCAAUCAUUCCCCUUCACCUACAGCACAUAUGUGCGCAGCGACGUGGAGCGAUAGAGCCUGUCUCUCUCUUGCUUUCUUGCCCUCUCCACCUCUUGCCCUCUCGACCUCUUGCCUUCUCGACCUCUUGCCCUCUCGACCUCUUGCCCUCUCGACCUCUUGCCCUCUCGACCUCUUGCCCUCUCGACCUCUUGCCCUCUCGACCUCUUGCCCUCUCGACCUCUUGCCAUCUCCCUCUUCCCUCUUGUUUGUGCUACGAUGCGAUUUCAUUCUGUCAUACGAUCCAUCCCGGCCCCACACGUCGCCCCCCCUCCCACCUGCGCGCCCUCUUCAAUUCCUCUGGGCCCACCUCCCUCUUCUCCCCCUUUCUCCCUCAUGUUCCCUCUUGCUGUUCGAACGCGGUGCAGCUAGUGCGGGAGCAUGUGGCACCGGUGGAGGAGGAGGUGGUAUCAGAUGAAGAGAGUGACUUGGACCCACCACCCUUCUCUGAUGACGAUGCAUACCAUGGGAUAGACAGGGGCAUGCAGUAG